AUGACAUCGGCAAUAUGUCACGACGGGUUGGUGGUGUACUGCAUUCGCUCUCUCGUGCACAUCUACUUCCAGCGAGUCAACCCCCUUUUCGGCAUCCUGCACCAAAGCAGAUUCGAAAACGCCCUGCAGGAUGGCGCGCAUUUCAACGACCGACAAUUUGGCGCGCUCGUCCUGGCAGUGUGCUGCGUCGCCAGCCGGUGCUCGGACGACCCUCGUGUGCUCACAGAGGAGGCGGAUGGGGACGAGCAUAGCUGUGGCUGGGGAUGGUACAAGCAAAUUCGCCCGUUGCGAGCCACGUUUUCGCUCGUCCCUUCGUUGGCGCAGCUACAAACCCUUGCCCUCUGUUUGCUCUAUAUGGUGGGCACAUCGAAUCCGGAAGAAGGCUGGCUUGUCGUUGGCAUGGGCAUCCGUUUCUGCCAAGCGGCAGGCGGGCAUCUCCAGGAACUCAGGUCAAAGCUUGGUCCCAUUGAGGCAGAGCUCUACAAGCGCCUCUACUGGCUAUUCGUGGCCUCGGAUGUGUUGAUGGGCAUCAGCAAGGGCCGCCCAAGCAGCGCGCGACUCGUCGACAUGGACCUCGAACUGCCGCUGGCAUGCGAUGAAGCGUACUGGGAGUUGCCCGAUCCUGCGCAACCGCCCGGCACGCCGUCUGUCAAUGCAUAUUUUACAGCCUACUACGAGCUGGUGGUGCUUUACGAACGCAUCCAGCAGGUAGUCUAUCCAGCGAAAGCCGACGUCACAAGUUGUGGGAAUGAAGCCGUGGCAGAAUUAGAUUUAGCUCUUAACGCAUGGGUUGAUCGCAUUCCCCUCCACCUGAAAUGGGAUCCCGAGCAGAAAAACCAGAUAUUCUUAGACCAAUCUGCAUCGCUAUAUGCUUCUUAUUAUCAUGCCCAGAUAAUACUUCAUCGCGCUUUCAUUCCACCGCCAACAUCUGCAGAUACCAUAUCAAAUAGAAAUAGCAACACGACUUUGCCGUCGCUAGCCAUCUGCGCAAACGCUGCGCGCGCGUGUGGGCACAUAUGCGACGUCCAAGCAAAGCGCGGGCGAGGAGUCCUCCCGAGCGUUACUGUCAUGCUUUCGCUCUUUGACGCUGCCGUCGUGCUGCUUGUCAACGUCUGGGCUGUCGUCGAUGCAAGAUCGGUUCGUCCGCACCAUUGGAACGUUAACCCGGAGCCAAAAGGCUCUGACAGCGCCUUGUUGGACACGAACAGUUGUCUCCGUGUUCUGCGACUGUACGAGCGGAGAUACCGUGUUGCGGGGCGGAACUGCGAUGUCCUGGCGGCGCUGAUAAACUACGGACGGAUCACCUUGGAGGCUGCCGCGACACGCUCAGCAGGAGAGAUGUCGCGCAAGCGCCGGCGCAGUCCCGGGACCGAGUGGUCUCCCCCGGACGCCACUGCUCCGUCAAACCUUUCUGUCUCGGACUCUUCGGCUACCUCGGCUGAACAGCAGAUCGAAGCGCUUGUGCAGUCGCUGCAAGAAACAGGCCACCUGUUCGAUGGGGUCCCUAUGCACUCGACUGAGCUGGGCAAUAUGCCGAUCUACUCCUCUUCAUCGAUCUUCGCUCCAAGCACCUCUCCUCAAAUGCAUCAAGAUUUGUCUCUCGCCGCGCUAGACGAGCUUGGCCUGGAGCUUUUACCCACAGACCUUCAGUAUCUCACCCAGCAUACCGGUCAAGAACUUGAACUCACGCUGGAUGUUGAUGCACCUUGGUUCCAUGCUCCCUUGGGACUAAACUACCCUCCGAAUGCAUUCAGUUGGGAUGCAUGGAACGCAUAUUUCAUAGGUGUCGAUGAGUUGAAUCAGGAGUUCUUUUGA